AUGGUUCGGAUACGAAAAAAAUCCGCCUUUAUUCUGUGCGGCGUGACUUUGUUUAUACUUUUGAUCGUUUACGUCGUCCUCAACUUUUCCGUUCCCGAACGCGCUGUAAGUAUUAAAUUACUAAAUUUGACAUAUUUGGAAAGUAAAAUAAAACAACUCGAAAGUGGACUGAGUAAACACCACCAAGAAUUUGGUGAUAUUCGCAAGCAAAUCGACACCAUUCGUGGCGCGGAAAUGAUGAAGGAAUCCGUUAUAAAUGCAAACGGUGGUGGUGUCGGAACUUGCGCCUUACGCAUGGAUACCAUUCCUCAGCCAGACGUGCAAAUGUUGAAGCUGUACGAUCAGGUGUCGUUUGAAAAUGUUGACGGAGGCGCAUGGAAGCAGGGAUGGCCAAUCAAGUAUCAUGAAAGCGAAUGGAAUAGCCAUCACAAACUGCACGUGUUUGUCGUGCCGCAUAGCCACAAUGACCCCGGGUGGAUUCAAACGUUUGAUGAGUACUACGAACGCUCAACAAAAAAUAUUUUUGCAAACAUGCUCAGGCACUUGGGCGAAAAUGAACGCCUUCGGUUUAUUUGGGCGGAGAUAAGCUACUUUGCGCAAUGGUACGAUAAGCUUGCUGCAGAACAAAAGGAUUUAGUAAAGCGGCUUGUAAAGAACCAUCAACUAGAGUUCGUUACUGGUGGCUGGGUAAUGUCGGACGAAGCCAACUCACACUGGUACUCGAUGCUGCUGCAACUUAGCGAGGGACAGACUUGGCUCAUGACACGGCUCAACGUGACGCCAAUUUCAAGCUGGUCAAUCGAUCCGUUCGGCCAGUCGGCCACUAUGCCAUAUAUUCUGAAGCAGUCCGGCAUGGAGAACCUGCUUAUCCAGCGCACGCAUUACAUUGUAAAAAAGAACCUUGCGUUGAAGAAACAGCUAGAGUUCCGCUGGCGGCAACUGUGGGAUACACGUGGCGAUACAGAUCUGUUUACGCACAUGAUGCCGUUCUAUUCCUACGACGUACCGCAUACGUGUGGGCCAGAUCCGAAAAUUUGUUGCCAGUUCGAUUUCAAGCGCCUCCCGGGCAUGGGCCUCACCUGCCCUUGGAACGUACCGCCCAGACCGAUCAACGAUCACAACGUGGAGGAGCGAGCAAAAAUGAUUGUUGAUCAGUGGCGCAAAAAGUCGGUCCUCUACAGAACCCGCAACGUGCUCAUUCCUCUUGGCGAUGAUUUCCGCUACACGACGAGCAACGAAUGGGAAGCCCAGCGGGUCAAUUUCGAACAGUUGUUCAAUUACAUCAACAACGAACCGUCGCUCAAUGUGGAGGCCAAGUUUGCCACGUUACAAGACUACUUUGACGCCGUACGAGCAACUAGCGGUUCAGACGGUAUGCAACAGUUUCCAUCGUUGACAGGGGAUUUCUUCACCUAUGCCGAUGUCAAUCAAGAUUACUGGAGCGGUUACUUCACGUCGCGACCGUUCCACAAGCGUCAGGAUCGCAUCCUGCUGCACUACGUCCGCUCAGCGGAAAUGUUGCACGCGUGGAAUGUAUGGGAGCCGGCGAGCGAUUGGAAACCACUAGCUGAUCGUCUGGAGUAUGCGAGGCGACAGCUUUCGCUGUUCCAACAUCACGACGGUAUCACCGGCACGGCAAAAGAUCAUGUUAUGGAGGACUAUGCUCGGCGCAUGUCCCGUGCUAUCGAAGACUGCAAAUUUGUGAUGCAGCAGGCCGUGUAUCGGUUGCUAACCAAACCAUCCGUCUAUCAUCCAGAUCCAGCAUUCCAUUACCUAUCGAUCGAUGACUCGCGGACCGUUAACGGCUCGGACAGUGUGCGACCGACGAUCAUCCUUGGCGAAGAGCUACCGACUAAACAGGUGGUGUUGCAUAACUCUCUGCCAUACACUCGGUCCGAGAUAGUUGAAUUUUAUGUUGCUAGUCCGUUUGUCACAGUGACGGAUGGCAAUGGAGCUACGGUACCGAGUCAGAUUGCGCCCGUGUGGUCAUGGCAUACGCGUACUGAUGGCAUCAGUCAACCUCAACCGUCCAACACUAAGUUCCGGCUUUUGUUUAGAGCAAACGUUGCCCCCAUGGGAUUGAGUGUGUAUACGAUCAAUUCGCGAAACUCUUCUUCUAGCGGCGUAACGUACUCGAAGGUGAUUAUACAAUCGAAAUCACCCUUUACCGUGAGCCUCGCUGCCGGAUAUCCGGAGGACAUAGACCAUACUUUACCCAGCGAAGUGUCAUUGCGGGUCGAGGAGGGUAGUACUCCAGGGGCCGCCUUUACUGCCAAGGGCUUGCUAAAAUCAAUUACAAUCGAGAACAAUCAGGCAACAGUGCCGGUCCAUUUAGAAUGGUACCGCUACGGCAUGCAACUUAGCUCGGGUAAAAGCGGUGCCUAUCUGUUUCAUCCGGCCGGAAAUGCCACGCUGCUAACGUACGAACAACCGAUCGUGCUAAUCAUGAAAGGUCCGCUGGAAGUGAGCAUCGCGACUGGUUUACCGUUUGCCGUACAUCAAACGAUACUACGUGACGAUAACAUAGAGAUCCGGAACCUGGUUGAUAUUGGGCGGCGAGAUAACACUGAAAUAGUAAUGCGACUGCAGACGAACAUUAACAGUGGUGCAACGUUCUACACCGAUCUGAACGGUAUGCAAAUCAUUAAGCGAAAGCGCUUCCAAAAACUGCCGCUGCAAGCAAACUAUUAUCCCGUCCCGUCAACCAUGUUCAUUGAAGACGAUUCCUACCGCCUGACGCUGCUUGGCGCACAGCCACUUGGUGGCUCGUCACUCAGCUCAGGUGAGAUGGAGAUUAUGCAAGAUCGUCGCCUGACACGGGAUGACGAUCGUGGACUUGGACAGGGCGUGGAGGAUAACCAGCCGGUAUUGCACAUGUUUCGCGUGGUUCUAGAGUCGCGAGAUUCUUGCACCAAGCCAGAUCCCGACUAUCCUUCCGGGUUUCUUACUCUCCCGGCGUACUCGCAGUUGCAGACCCUUCUGCAUCCGCUUGACAAGUUGAUCUACAAUGAGAACGAUUGGACGGGAUUGCUGCCGGAAGGGUUCGGAACUCGGCAUGAACCAUUAGAACGCGGCAUGGAAGUCGUCGCCAUGCGUGAGCUUCCGCACGUAAAAUUCGGUCGAACGACCGGAGGUCCGCCUCUGGGGCUGGUGGUUCAUCGUACUAACUUUGAAGACUGCGGCUCGGAAGCGAACAUGGAAGGCAUGCUGAAUAUAAAGAAACUUCUCAACCUGGACGACGGGCACGACAUAUUUUCUGCCCGUUUGACGUUGCUGAAGCCCCUGGAGUUAAUUCAAUCGGAUGAUGUCAGCCUCUGUCCGAUGGAUGCCAAAGCAUAUAUCGUGAAACGAUAAGAUUAUGGUACUCGAAGCAGGAAUAUCAUAGCUCACGAGCAGCACUUCCUGUGUAAUUUUGUUCAAUUAAUGUGCAUAUGUAAACGCGCAUGCAAAUGUAAGGUAUGCAAGAAAAUCGAUAACGUCCACAGCUUUAGUUUCGCUCUUGGGGUAUACCGAUCCUGACACCAUACUUUCUUUCCAAUGCUGAAAUGGAGUGCAAACUCUUCAGCUAAAAACAUACCAACAAACAAUGUACAAUGGCGUUAUUUUUUGUGAAAAAAUGUCGCAAUUUUCCUUAUUUAUGUAGUUCUUGUUUGCAAUUAUUAGAUAUUAGGCCAAUGAAGGAAGCUAGGAGGUUUAUCGGCAGUGUAUUUGUGCGCAUUUGUGAAUUUGGUUUACGAUUUGAUUGUAGCGACCAUUGUUUGGUUUUAUACGUGUGAUGUAUAUAUCUAAGAUGAUUCAUAGCGGUUUCCAUCGGCCGUACAUAAUGUAUUGGGCAAUGAACACAAAAUUGAUUUUAUGUACUUUGUUUUGCGUAAUCUUUGGCGUUACGAAAAACACAGAUCGCGCCCAACUACGGGCACGAUCUUAGAUCAUAGAGUGGAUCCCUGAAACGAAUGUGUUAGAAUUAAGUACU